ACGAAGAGGACCGCUAUGGAUAUGAUGCAGGGGAGAGGGAAGAGGAAGCAGAUAUUGCUGAUCGACAGGCUGAGGAAGCAGAAAGAGAGGCAAACAGAAUCGCACAAGAACUGGAAUUGUUGUAUCAAGAAAAUCAAGCCUUCGGAGGCCCAGGAGGGUCAGGAGGAUCCGGAGGUGCCAGUGGGUCUCAAGGUUCUUGGGGUGCCGGGGGCUCUGGAAGUUCAAGAGGAUCUUCAGGUGCAGGAGGUUCAGGGGGAUCUUGGGGUGCCGGUGGGUCUGGAAGUUCAGGAGGAUCUUGGGGUGCCGGAGGUGCUAGCAGAUGGUAAUCAUUCAGAGCGGUACUAGUGUUGCCUGAUUCAAUGCAGUACAAUGAUUCUAGUCUAGCCCUUAGUUAUAAUGGCCUGUCUAGUGUGCAGGUGUUAGGUUGACCAAACCCGUUUUCUGCAACAAACAUAGGCAGACCAAUGCAGACUGAUCCAGUGUGUAUUGAUUGAUUGAUUAAGAUCAAUCCAAGUUCUGUUAAUAAGAAUAAUCUCUGUUUUUUCUACAUAUAUUUUUAUAUUUAAUCUAGUAUGAUUUUAUUAGAUAUUGAUUUUACUUUAUAAUAAUGACCAAGAAUGUAAGAACCCAUCCUGGAAAAGUUCUUUACAUGAUGUUUCUGAAAUCUAAUUCAUAUGUGGGUAUCACUGUAUAUAUUGCUUAAAUGCUUCUUCAGAAACUCAGUUUAACAUUGAAAGCUUCAUUUAAUUAUAAAUAUAAUUAAAUGCCUGAAAGUUCUACAUCUUUAU